AUGCACUUCGCCGUGCCUGCAGCGCUGAAAAAAGCAACUCGCCGCGCCUGCAGCGCGGAAGACGCACUUGGCCACGCCUCUCAGCUGGCAGUGCCGAGCCUCUCACCAGGCAGUGCCGAGCCUCUCAUGGCGCGCGAUCCGCCGCCUACCACGUGGCGCGCGAUCCGCCGCCUGGUGAUGCCGCUGCCUGGUGGGAGAGUACGGGAACAACAACGAGGACGCGGAGGAGGAGGAGGAGGAGGAGGAGGAGGAGGAGGAGGAGGAGGAGGAGGAGGAGGAGGAGGAGGAGGAGGAGGAGGAGGAGGAGGAGGAGGAGGAGGAGGAGGAGGAGGAGGAGGAGGAUGCGGAGGAGGAGGAGCAGGAGCAGGAGCGGGAGUAGGUGCAGGAGGAGGAGCAGGAGGAGGGGAGGAGGAGGAAACAUCAGUGGGAGUACUAGCGGCAAACGGCAGCAGGGUGACAACGACCAGGAGGGCGACGACAACGAGGCGGAGGAGGACAAGGAGGAGGAGGAGGAGGAGGAGGAGGAGGAGGAGGAGGAGGAGGAGGAGGAGGAGGAGGAGGAGGAGGAGAGGAGGAGGAGGAGGAGGAAGACGACGAGGACCAGGACGAAGAGCAGGAGCAGGAGCAGGGGCAGGAGGAGGAGGAGGAGGAGGAGGAGGAGGAGGAGGAGGAGGAGGAGGAGGAGGAGGAGGAGGAGGAGGAGGAGGAGGAGGACAAGGAGCAGGAGGAGGAGGAGGAGGAGGAGGAGGAGGAGGAGGAGGAGGAGGAGGAGGAGGAGGAGGAGGAGGAGGACAAGGAGGAGGACGAGGAGGAGGAGGAGGGCGACGAGAAAGAAAGAACGACAACGAGGAGGAGGAGGAAGACGAGGAGGAGGAGGAGAACGAGGAGGAGGAGGAAGACGAGGAGGAGGAGGAGGAGGAGGAGGAGGAGGAGGAGGAGGAGGAGGAGGAGGAGGAGGAGGAGGAGGGAGGAGAACGAGGAGGACGAGGAGGAGGAGGAGAAGGAGGAGUAGGAGAGGAAGACGAGAAGGAGGAGGAGGAAGAGGAGGAGGAGGAGGAGGAGGAGGAGGAGGAGGAGGAGGAGGAGGAGGAGGAGGAGGAGGAGGAGGAGGAGGAGGAGGAAACACCAGAGCUGGAGCAGGAGCAGGAGCAGGAGGAGAAGGAGGAAGAGGAGGAGGAAGAGGAGGAGGAGGAGGAGGAGGAGGAGGAGGAGGAGGAGGAGGAGGGAGGAGGAGGAGAGGAGGAGGAGGAGGAGGAGGAAAAGGAGGAGGAGGAGGAGGAGGAGGAAGAGGAGGAGGAGGACGAGGAUGAGGAGGAGACGAGGAGGAGGAGGAGGAGGAGGAGUAGGAGUAGGAGGAGAAGGAGGAGGAGGAGGAGGAGGAGGAGGAGGAGGAGGAGGAGGAGGAGGAGGAGGAGGAGGAGGAGGAGGAGGAGGAGGAGGAGGAGGGCGACGAGAAAGAAGUCGACGACGAUGAGGUGGAGGAAGACGAGGAGGAGAGGAGAACGAGGAGUAGGAGGAGGAAGACGAGAAGGAGGAGGAGGAAGAGGAGGAGGAGGAGGAGGAGGAGGAGGAGGAGGAGGAGGAGGAGGAGGAGGAGGAGGAGGAGGAGGAGGAGGAGGAGGAAACACCAGUAUGAGCACAAACAGCAAACAGUUGUACUAG